CCAUUUUCCUGCGAACCAAUUUGUGAGUGAAAUGGGUGCCAGAGAAUCAUUGGUCUUUAAACCAUGGGUUAUCUUCAAUCUGGCAGUCCUCAUGGCUGGAUUGUGCGAGGGACAUAACAAACAUGUCGAAUCAAGAAAGCUCAUUACUACUACUGGCAGGCCAGGUUCAAUAAGCAUUGAUUGUGGGGUGGAUGAAGAUUAUCCGGAUGAGCAAAGUGGACUAUAUUACAAGUCAGAUUCUGAUUUCGUUACAACUGGAGUGAAGAAACAGGUGUCCCCACAAUACAUGCCCACACAUCCUCAAGUGGGGCAGAUGCUUAAAACCUUGAGAAGUUUUCCAGAAGGAAAGAAGAACUGUUACAACCUUAAACCUGAACAGGGCAAAGGCCACCACUACAUGUUCAGAGCCAUAUUUUAUUAUGGAAAUUAUGAUGGCCUGCAACAACCCCCUUCGUUUGGAGUAUACCUUGGAGUGAAUUUUUGGAUGAACGUGGACUGUAGCAACGACAUGACAUUUUAUUAUGGUGAAAUCAUCCAAUUUUUGUCGACCGAUACAAUAGAUGUCUGCUUGGUGAAUACCGGCUCCGGCAUUCCAAUCAUUUCUGGGUUGGAACUUCGGCUUUUGAACGACUCCAUUUACCAGAUUGAAUCAAGAGUAGUAUCAAACCAAAUCCGUUAUGACGUCAUGACCGAUCCCAAUUUUUCCACAGCCAGAUACAAGGAUGAUGUUUAUGAUCGUUUCUGGACACAUUUCAAUUUUUCUGGAGCACAUUCAAUCAAAAGGAUGACAAAUACUGAUAUCAUAGGCAAUAACAAUAACUACGGAAUUCCAACAGAAAUUCUUAGAACAGCUACACAACCAUCGAAUCGCUGGGAUUCACUGAGUUAUUCGUUCUCGAUAUCAAGUGGUUUCUCUAGAAGGGAUCUAUAUGUCUACUUUCACUUUGCUGAGAUUGUGAAUACCACAAAAGAUCAACAACGAGAAAUCAGCAUUACAUUGAAUGGUGUGACGUUAGCCCCGAUUACCCUUGAAUACUUAAAACCACUAAGCAUAGGACCCCAGAACUUUUCGAUCAAAGGAUUUGUCAAUUUUUCAAUUGGUGCAACGACAAAAUCUAAUCUUCCACCCCUUCUUAAUGCCUUCGAGAUAUAUAUGGAUGUUGAUUUCCCGACAGCACCGACCUAUCUUGAGGAUGUUGAUGCAAUCAUGGACAUCAUGCAAAUGUACAAGAUAAACAGAGCUGAUUGGCAAGGAGACCCGUGUGUCCCAGGAGCAUAUGAGUGGAGUGGUUUGCACUGCGGUUUCGACAAUUUUACGAGGAUCACAUAUCUGAAUUUGAGCUCAAGUAACUUGGAAGGAGAGAUUUCCUCUUCAUUUUUCAAUCUCACAGUAAUGGAGACUCUGGACCUAUCAAAUAAUAAAUUGACAGGAUCAGUGCCAGAAUUUUUAGCACAACUACCUAAGUUGAAAGUCCUUGAUUUAUCUAGAAACAAGUUCAGUGGACAGAUUCCCAGGGUUUUAAUGGAGAAGUCUAAUAACGGAACUAUGCAAUUAAGAUUGGAUGAAAAUCCAGACCUAUGCCUGACAAAUGCUUGUGAAAAUAACAAUAAGAAGAAGGUUCUUGCCAUUGUUGCUUCUGUUGUGUCAAUUUUGGCCCUUCUUCUCUUCUUGAGUGUUCUAUUCAUCAUUUGCAGAAUUAAAAGGAGAAGACAAAAAGGGGCCAAAUUAAAGGAGGAGUGGUCAAUGAAAUCAAAGAAUAUGACCUUUACUUACUCCGAGAUUUCUAACAUAACUUCAAAUUUCACAAUGGUUAUUGGAGAAGGAGGAUUUGGAAAAGUUUACCUUGGCACCUUGAAGGAUGGCACUUGUGUUGCUAUUAAGGUUCUAUCAGCAUCAUCAAAGCAAGGCUAUAAGGAAUUUCAAGCAGAGGCGCAAUUGUUAAUGAUAGUUCAUCAUAAAAACCUGGUUUCACUCGUGGGAUACUGUGAUGAAGAUGACAACAAAGCUUUGGUUUAUGAAUACAUGGCUAAUGGAAACUUGAGGCAACAUUUAUUAGAUAGAAACACAAACAUUUUGAGCUGGAUUGAAAGACUUCAAAUUGCUGUAGAUGCUGCACAUGGAUUGGAAUAUCUGCAUAAUGGUUGCAGGCCACCAAUAGUUCAUAGAGAUUUGAAAACCUCCAACAUCUUAUUAAAUGAAAACAUGCAAGCCAAGAUAGCUGACUUUGGAUUAUCUAGAGCUUUUUUAACAGAAUUUGCUUCCCAUAUAUCAACUUGCCCUGCAGGAACACUCGGAUACCUAGACCCUGAGUUUCACUCAUCAAGAGUCAUUAACAAGAAAAGUGAUGUCUAUAGCUUUGGAAUAGUUCUACUAGAGCUAGUUAGUGGUCAGCCUGUCAUAACAAGAGGAGAAGAAGCCAUUCACAUAAUUGAGUGGAUUAAUCCUUUGAUUGAAAUAGGGGAUAUCCGAAAGAUCAUUGAUCCAAGGUUACAAGGUGAAUUCAACAUUAAUGCAGCCUGGAAAGCAAUGGAGAUAGCAAUGUCAUGUGUGUUGCCAAUUGGAAUCCAAAGGCCGGACAUGAGUUGUGUAUUAUCAGAACUCAAGGAGUGUUUGGAGUUGGAGAUGGGUUCCAAAGAAACUCAGAGGACGGAGUGCCAGAUAUUGAGUAAUUCACUUGAAAUCACUCCUCCUUCUGCUAGGUAAUUCAAUAGACAAUGCCUUGGGGAUUUGUAAAUGUAAAUCCCUCUUGUUGUUUAAAGCUUUCUAUGGUGUAUUUGAGACAAAGUCUGUUAAGUUAGUUUCUUAGCAGUUAUGCUUUUAUGUAAUUUUGUAAACCAUGUUAAUGGCGUGGUAGUUUGUAUUGUAGUUUCUUAACUUCAUUUUGUUUUAGCAACUACCGUGUAUAAGUUUCUGCUUUUUCUUCGAAACUAGAUGUAUCAUCGAUGCUGUUUUGCUGAGUAAUACCAUAACUCAGUUCAUCAUGUACUUCAUUUUUCAAGCUUAAUCCUAGAGUUUAUGUUCGUAGUCAAGUAAGUUUUCAUCUUUACAUCAUCAACUACAAAUGAAACCCUUUUGCUUAUUUAUUUUGUUGGGAUUUUUUUUUGCACUUGCCCUUCCGGGUUUCUUUUUUUUUUUUACUUGUUUCCAGUUUUUUUUAAAGGGGUUCCCUUCCAAUUCCCACUUUUUUGUUAGGAACAACCCUUUGUUUCCAAUAGACAUCCUGCCACAUU